AUGACAAAGAAGAAGCAAGAAUUAUUCAUAGACAUAAAUAAUGAAAAGGAAUUUAAUUACAUUCUUGAUCAUAAUUUGGAUACUAUUGUAUGUGCAGAGGUAUUUUGUUCAUUUAGCGGUCCCUGUACGGCCCUUGAUCGUGUCUUUGUGCGUAUUAAAUUAGAUUGGAGCGACGGAAAAAUGGUGUUAUUAAGGGUGCUAGCGGAUGAAAUAGAAUCGCUAAGUAGGUUUUGGAAUCAAAGCGAACCUAUAUUCUUGUUUAUUUUGAAUAAGAAAAUAACAAGGAUAUUCCGAGGCGUAGACAACAUAAAAUUCGCGGAAGUGGCUAAAAAGGAAAUUGAACUUUAUAAACAAAUGCAAGAAGGUUUCUUAUUCGCGAGAGAAACUUUUGAGUUACACGAAUCUUCGCCAGAAGAAAUUGAGUGGCAAAACAAACGUAAGUCAGAAGCAUUACAAGAAUCGAACACCGAACAUGCUCGACGAGCGGCUCGGCAAGCGGCUCGCAAGCGGCACCGAGCCGAGCUCAUGGCACCCCGCUUGCAACAGUUGAACUUCGUCCUGUACUGGCCCCACGCGAUACAUGCUCAUCCUGAGCUGUAUGAACGAUGGGAUGAUAACAAUAUAAUAAUGGUUGGUCGUGAAGAAAUUGUCCUGGAUUAUGAUACUGCGUUAGAUGUCCUAUACGCAGGUGAUGCGCCUAUAAAUGAAGCGUCGAUGUAUAUGCUGACCUCUGCUCCAGCUUUGGCAAUAUGUUUCCGAAUUUUGGACCUUGAUAAACAUUUCGUUUCCGUGGUAAGAAAAAUUCUGUAUGACGAUGUAAUAGCCUUGGACGAUUCUAAAAAAAUAGAUGGACAAAUACCACAGAGAUCUGCUUUUGACAUUUAUAAGACAUACAGUCCCACUAAGGAAGAAGUAUGGCAGAAGAGACGAGAAGAAAGACUUAGGAAAAAGGAAGAGGCUAUAGAGAAACGUGCUAGGCGUCUAUCAGAAAUGCAACGUUUGGCUCGACAGGCGAUUGCAGAGGCGCUAGAAGCCAGACGGCUUGAAAAGGAACAUCGGAAGUUAGCACUUCUUAAAGCAGGAAAUUUAACUGCCCUAGAAGAAUUAAAACAAGAGCCUGAUAAUGAAGAAGUUGAUAUUGUAGUACCUGAUAACAAAAUAAACGUUUUAAAUCAGGAAUUGUCUGAAGAAGAAGAAAGUAGUUUUGAAGAGGACGAAAAUGAAUAUUUUCCACCACCCGGCUUGAUAGUACCUGGUUUUUACGCUCCUCCCAACGACAUAGCUAAAGCCAAUGGUCUAGCCGUUUUAUUUCCAAAGUUAGUUGCAGAAUAUAUCAAACCAGAGCCAGAAUAUUUACCCCCUCAUGUGUUGGUCUUACUUGAUAUCAACAAGCGGUACAAAGCAAUUGAUUCGUUGAUUAAAUACAAAUCAGCUGUAAUACAUAUGGGUAUAUUUAAAAUGAAAACGCCUUACGAUGCAAAACACUUGGCUUACAGUGUAAGGCAAUUUGAUUCUUUAAAUUCCUCGUAUGAACUAUCUGAUACAAAAAUAGCUUUCAUGGUAUCAACGGUGAACGAUUUUGCACUGCUGGAGUUAAUGGAUUUGUGUCCUUCACACGUCAGCAGAGAUGCACUGGUUGGUGAAGAUGAAUGUGCAGCUCUCUUUAGUGUUGAUUAUGGUGAUCAUUAUCCAGAGUUUGAAGAUUUUGAUACGAGAUUAUAA